GCCCAAUUGUCCUUGAGACUUCAUUCCCCAGCAAGCUCAGCGUGUAACGUGCGCUAUGGAGCCGAAAGUCGCAGAGCUGAAGCAGAAGAUCGAGGACACGCUAUGUCCUUUUGGCUUCGAGGUUUACCCCUUCCAGGUGGCAUGGUACAAUGAACUCUUGCCUCCAGCCUUCCACCUACUGCUGCCAGGACCUACCCUGGCCUUCCUGGUACUCAGCACGCCUGCCAUGUUUGACCGGGCCCUCAAGCCCUUCUUGCAGAGCUGCCACCUCCAAAUGCUGACUGACCCAGUGGACCAGUGUGUGGCCUACCAUCUGGGCCGUGUUAGAGAGAGCCUCCCAGAGCUGCAGAUAGAAAUCAUUGCUGACUAUGAGGUGCACCCCAACCGACGCCCCAAGAUCCUGGCCCAGACAGCAGCCCAUGUGGCAGGGGCUGCUUACUACUACCAACGACAAGAUGUGGAGGCUGACCCAUGGGGGAACCAGCGCAUAUCAGGUGUAUGCAUACACUCCCGAUUUGGGGGCUGGUUUGCCAUCCGAGGGGUAGUGCUGCUGCCAGGGAUAGAGGUGCCAGAUCUGCCACCCAGAAAACCUCAUGACUGUGUACCUACAAGAGCUGACCGUAUCGCCCUACUCGAAGGCUUCAAUUUCCACUGGCGUGACUGGACUUACCGGGAUGCUGUGACACCCCAGGAGCGCUACUCAGAAGAGCAGAAGGCCUACUUCUCCACUCCGCCUGCCCAACGAUUGGCCCUAUUGGGCUUGGCUGAGCCCUCAGAGAAGCCUAGUUCUCCCUCCCUGGACCUUCCCUUUACCACCCCCGGCCCCAGGAAGCCUGGGAAUCCCAGCAGAGCCCGGAGCUGGCUCAGCCCCAGGGUCUCACCACCUGCAUCCCCUGGCCCUUGAUACCUUUCUCCCACGUAGACCCUGAUUUAUGGUGGUACUUGCUAGGACUUAAUUGGCUUUGGCAAAGCAAAAGGUUUUGAGUACAAGAUUACUAUUUUUGAUAAUACAGUAGAGAUCUUCCAUGAAGAUAACAAGGCUCAAGGAAGUUAGGUUUGGCCAAGAUAAAGGCCAGGGAACCAGAAUUCCCAUCUGCCUUCAACUGAGAUUUUUUUUUUUUUUAGACAGAGUCUCACUCUGUCACCUAGGCUGGAGUGCAGUGGCACAAUCUCUACUUACUGCAACCUCUGCCUCCUGGGUUCAAGCAAUUAUCUGCCUCAGCCUCCUGAGUAGCUGGGAUGACAGGUGCCUGCCACCACACCUGACUAAUUUUUUGUAUUUUUAGCAGAGAUGGGGUUCCAUCAUCUUGGCCAGGCUGGUCUUUAACUCCUGACCCCGUGAUCCACCCAUCUUGGCCUCCCAAAGUCCUGGGAUUACAGGCGUGAGCCACCGCGCCCAGCCAAGACUCUUUUAUCUGUUCCCAUUUCUAAACAGUGCCCCAAGAUGUUGUCACAGGGCCUAAGGGUCAAAUAUCCUCUACAGAGUACCUACCAGCAGGGCGUGGUGGCUCCCGCCUGUAAUCCCAGCACUCUGGGAGGCCGAGGCAGAUGGAUCAUGAGGUCGAGUUUGAGACCAGCCUGGCCAAUAUGGUGAAACCCCGUCUCUACUAAAAAUACAAAGUUAGCCAGGCAUGGUAGCACAGGCCUGUAGUCCCAGCUACUCGGGAGGCUGAGGCAGUAGAAUCAUUUGAACCAGGGAGGCGGAGGUUGCAGUGAGCCAAGAUUGUGUGGCUGCACUCUAGCCUGGGCGACAGUGUGACUCUGUCUCAAAAAAAAAAAAAAAGUACGUACCUCAGGUAGGGACUGAAUAAACACGUGUAAGGCACUUUGGAAAAGUACCUGGCAUAUAGUAAGCAGUAUGUUGGCCGUUACCAAAGGCCCUGGGAAUUCUGUACUGCUGCUCGUGGGUAUAGUCUGGGUUCUAGAGGGGUGGGCAGGUUGGAGUAGCUGAGGAAGACAAGUGGCUGGAAUGGCAUCACAUGAUACACAGAAGUAUCCUCAGUUCUGAAUCUACCUUGGCCUCAAAGGCCCAGGAGAAUAACUUUUCCCAGCUGACAGCCUCUCUGAGGACAAUGACAUACGAAUGAGGAUCACAGACCUUUGACCAGGCACUGUGGCUCUCACCUGUAAUCCCAUUUUGGGAGGCUGAGGCGGAGGACCACCUGAGGCAAGGAAUUCAGAACCACUCUGGGCAACAUAAUGACACUAAAAAAGACUAUCUCUAAUCAAGGCUAGAACCAAGGGAAGGCUAAGAAUUGCCCAGUACUGUGCUACUGAAAGCCCUACCCAAGGCCACCAGCCUUGUCUUCCUCUUUCCUCUGUCAGUUCAAAAGGAACAGAAACCUCCAACUCUUUUACAUAGCAGGUACCAGGCAUUUAUCAGAAGAGGCCAAGCUUCUGCUUCCCAUGCAGCGCUUUGAAUAGUGUGUCCAAGCAAAAAUACGCGUCCAAGUAGUCACACUGAGACUUUAACUGGUAAGCCAGCCUGUGGCGUAAGUCGCAGUGCUCUGGCCAACACUAAAGCAGGGCUUAUUUUUCUCCCUCAUGUGUAAUGAAACAAAAUGUAACACCUUGGGUUCAUUCAGUUCCAUUCCCUGCGUCUACCUGUGUCAAUAUAAAUCCCUGAUUUGGAGGCAGCUCUCUUCAUUUUCCCCAAAACAGGGAAAGCAAGGAGUAAAUUCCUCUUAAAAUCAAAAGCUAAUAAUAUGCUUCCUAAAAUAAAGACUCAUCAAGA